AUGUCUAAAUAAAACCUAAGCAACUACAUCAAAUUUUUAAAUCAUCUCACAGAAUUAGAACAAAAAGGUCUUCUCACUUCAAAGCAAAAACACCUUUUGAAAGUGAAUCUAACAACUAAAGAAUAAAUAUUAGAUAAAUUGAUUUGCUCUUUUGAUGAUGAGCAGAAUUAUUAAGACGCCAUACUUUAAUAUUUAAGUGCUAUAGAACCAUAAACUAAGUUUAGAUGUCAUUCUUCUGGAGAGAGUGAGACUCCAAUGAAGUUUAGAAAAAGGCAUAAUUCUCAUUCUAAAAUUACUUCUUUUAAUGAGUCUAAAUUGAUUGCCAAUUUGGAUGAGUUAAAUGAUCAAUUAAUGAAUAUUUGGUAAUCAGAUACUUAGUUUGUAAGAUUAUAUUCAUAAUUUCUAGCUCUUUAAUCAAGAAAUUAAUGAAAAAUUAAGAAAAGUAGGAGAAUUAAUAAAUAAAACAGCUACUUCUACACCAUUUGGAUCUUAAAAAUAAGUUAUUAAUAAUAGUGAGACUGUUUGUUUGAUUGAUAGUUUAAGAUCUCUUUAUAAAGACAUGAAAGUAAAGAUUAUAUUUAAUUAAGCAACAUUUUAAUGAUUAUUUACGUUGUCAUAUUUUGUUGAUGGAUGAUUAAUUUACUACUGAGCAUUUACAUAAAGUCUUAAGAGCAUUCAUAAAAAAUUUAGUUGAUGCAGAUGAAGUUACAUUCAUAAUAAAUAAUGAAUUAUAUACAUCUAGAACUGAACAAUUUCAAAAUAUUAUAAUUACAGAAUAAUAAUAAUAAGAGAUCGAUCUAAUUCAAGAUAAAAAAUUAAUUGAUUUAUCAUAAUUCUAUCCUGAAUUGGGAGUCCUUUUUUAAACUAAUUAAUAUAAAGGUAAUUAUGCUCUUAAGAUUUCAAAUUCUUCUUGUAUUUUUUGUUUUCAUUAAAAAGGAGAAAAAAAUAUAAUUAUAGAUUCUUUUCUAUCUCUUUGUAAUGAAUAUUAAUUCUUUGAUGAAGUAAAUUAAUUAGCAUAUUUUUUAUUGGAAACUAUUAAAUAAGCUAGAGUUUAAUGUUUUAAUCCAUUAUAAUUAUCACAUAUGAUUUAAGAUAUUGGAAUAGCAUUUAUUAGAUGUUCUAAAUAUAUAUUUAUUUAAAAAGUCAUUGAAAUUCUUUAAGAAAGAUAUUAGGUUUCUAAAGAAAACACUUCAUUUUCAAGUGGUUAACCUUUUAUUGAAUUUGAUUUUAGAGAUUCAUUAAAUUUGUGUAUAUAUAUCUGUAUGGAUUUGAAUAAAAAAGAAGAAAUGAAUGUUUAUAAAUAAUUGAAUUUGAGUUACAAUAAAUACUUAAAGUUUAUUAAAUAAUGUUAUGAUAGAACAACAUUUUAUAAAUUCUUUGUAAAAUCUUAGGAUUCUUUAAUAUUUGAAUUUGAUAAAUAGGGUUUAAUAACAUUUGUUUCAUAACCAAUAACUAAUAAAUUAGCUAAUGAUUUUGGUAUAAAUUUUAAUCCAUAAAUGUUUAAUGCAUCUUAUAAGAGUAUGUUCAAAAAUAAAAAUUUACUAUAGCAUAUAGAGAAUUAAUUAUAAGAAUAAAAUUAAUGGAAAUUAACAGAUAGUAAUUCUACAUAUGAAGUAUUUAUGAAAAUGGAAGAGAAAUACUUCAAAGGAUUUUUUGUAAUAUUUUAAUAAGGAUGGUUUAGAUAUGAUUAGAAAGAAUUUGAUGCAAGUUAAUGGAAUAAAUUAAGGAAAAGUAUUAUGCAAUCAGAAACAAAAUAAUAUUUAGAUAAAUUGGAAUAAAAACAUCCAUAAUUAAAAAAUUCAGUAGUUCAAAUGUUUAAACCUAAAUCAACAUAAAAAUAAUCAUUAUUUAAAAAUUUUAGUCCAAAUUUCAGUCCAAAUCAUUUAGAUUAAAGAAUUUCUCUUAAAGAAAGUGAUAAUGAUAGGAGAAUUCCUAAAACAAAAGGAGUGAAUCACUUUUAUUCAGAUAUGAUUACAGAUACUUGUAUUGAAAAUAUAAAUAAUUUAAAUUUUAAUAUAAUACCAUAUAGUAGUGAUUGGUUAGAGAAAUAGAAAGUAGUAUUUUAAAUAUUAAGAAUAAAUAAUUUUAUUGAAGAUUAUAAAAUAAAUGAAACAGCACUUUGCAAUUUUUUAUGUGCACUUGAAUAUAAAUAUAAUAAAAGUGGAAAUAAGUUUCAUAAUUAUGAUCAUGGUGUUACAGUAAUGUAAUGUUCUCAUGCAAUAAGUUUAGAGAUGAUGAAAACAAAACAUGCUAAUUUGUUAACUUAAUUUAUUAAAUUUGCUUUAAUAUUAGCAGCAUUAUGUCAUGAUGUAUCUCAUACAGGAAGAACUAAUACAUUUGAAAUUAAUAGUCUAUCAAAUUUAGCUAUUAGGUAUCAUGAUAAAAGUGUAUUGGAAUAACAUCAUGCAGCAACAUCUAUCAAAUUAUUAUGUGCAUAAUCUACAAAUAUUAUUCCUAAUUUUAAUUCAGAAGAAUUUAGAGAUUUUAGAAAAUUAUUUAUAUCCAAUAUUCUCUUUACUGAUAUUACUGAACAUUUUAAUUUGAUCAAGAGUUUUGAAGCUCGUAUAUAAGAAUUAAAUUUUGGAACAGAAUAAGAUGUAAGAUUAAUGACAGGCAUGAUUAUUCAUACAUCAGAUUUUGCUGGUGGAGCUAAACCAUUCCCUAUAAGUAAGGAAUGGAGUAUUAGAGUAAAUAAGGAAUUUUAAGAUUAGUAUAAUUUGGAAGGUAAAUUUGGUUAUCCUCAAUUACCAUAUAUGAAAGAUUUAGAUUAAGUAUAUUAAUAUUUCAUAAUAGUUACCAAUUAUGGCAAAAUCAGAAGUGGGAUUUUUUAAAUUUAUAGUUAGACCUUUGUGGGCAGUGAUGUCAAAAUUUAUUGAAGAUCGAUUGUAAGAGAGUAUUGAUAAUCUUGAUUAUACAAUUAUUGAAUGGGAAAAGUUAAUGAUUAAAUGA